CCUUUCAUCUUUGUUUCUCUCUCUUCCUUUGUGUUUCUCUCAAAACUCCUGUUUGUAUUCAUACUUCUCUUUACUCUCUUCCAAUACAGCAAAGCCAAAUUGUGACUCUUUCUCUCUCUCUUCUAUCUUAUUUCCAAUUUUUUCUAGUCUAGAGAGAGAAACAUCAAUACUCAGAAUGGAGUUGGCCGGAGAAUAUGCUCCGGUGUAGCCAUUUUCAGGUAUAAUUUAAAGGAACAGGACGAGUUUGUUUGUAAAAGAAGAACAUUUUUGAUAUCAUUGAGUGAAAAAAAGUGAAAUGCCGGAAACCCUUUUGUUGUCGAGUCAGAUUCCUGAAAUAUCGACUAGAAGGAAGGAGAAUACGAAGGAAGUGGAUGAGGAGGAGAAAGAGAAGAUUCUAGAAUCAGCUACGACGACGACGACGACGACGACCCCGAGGUCAGUUAUCAUCAUUCCUCGGAGCAAAUCACAAGCAACAUCAAGGAGAGUUAUUCCGACGGAUGGUACAAUUUGUGCAGCGUCUGGUACAACUAGUACUAGCUCAAACGUUGGGGUAGUGGAAAAGCACCUUCCGAAUGGAGAUCUGUACAUAGGUAGCUUCUCCGGUAGUUCGCCUCACGGAUCCGGAAAGUAUUUGUGGAAAGAUGGGUGUAUGUAUGAAGGGGAGUGGAAAAGAGGUAAAGCAUCUGGUAAGGGUAAGUUUUCGUGGCCAUCUGGAGCUACAUUUGAAGGUGAAUUUAAGUCGGGGCGUAUGGAGGGUUCAGGUACCUUUAUUGGAUCCGAUGGGGAUAUGUACAAAGGUUCAUGGUCCGGUGAUCGGAAACAUGGGUAUGGGCAGAAACACUAUAGCAACGGGGAUUACUAUGAAGGGCUAUGGAAAAGGAAUUUACAAGAUGGACAAGGUAGAUAUGUUUGGAAGAAUGGAAACGAGUAUGUUGGUGAAUGGAAAACUGGGGAUAUUCAUGGUAGAGGUGUUUUGAUUUGGGCAAAUGGAAAUAGAUAUGAUGGAAAUUGGGAAGCUGGUGGUCCUAAAGGUCAUGGAGUUUUCACUUGGCCUGAUGGGAGUUGUUAUAUUGGGUGUUGGAGUAAAGAUGCUAAGAAUCAGCAACAUCAAAACCAAAUUCUUAAUGGUACUUUUUAUCCAGCAAACAGUAGAACUAACAGCCACGGCUCUGUUAAGAAAGAAAGUGUUGAUUUCAGUGCUAAAGAAGAUGUUUUGGGGGGAUUUUUUGGUCACAAGUUAGCUGCACCUUUAAUGGCUGAUGAAGAUUGUGGGUUGCUAGUGAUGAAUAUGGGGAAGAAGAGGUCAUCCGUGGAUGGAUCAAGGGGAAGUAUGACAGAAAGAAAUUUUCCCAGAAUUUGCAUUUGGGAGUCGGAUGGUGAAGCCGGUGACAUUACUUGUGAUAUUAUUGAUAAUGUAGAGGCAUCCAUGAUUUACAGGGAUGGCUUUGGGUUUGGUCGAGAUGGACUUAAGCAGUUCAGGAGAAAUCCUUGUUGCUUUAGCAAAGAAGAAAAGAAGCCAGGCCAUACUAUAUCCAAAGGGCAUAAAAAUUACGAUUUGAUGCUCAAUCUCCAGUUGGGCAUUAGGUAUUCGGUUGGGAAGCAUGCUUCGAUAUUACGGGAUCUUAAAACCAGUGAUUUUGAUCCUAACGAGAAGUUCUGGACCAGGUUUCCACCAGAAGGGUCUAAGCUUACACCCCCUCAUCAAUCUACUGAUUUCCGUUGGAAGGAUUAUUGUCCGGUAGUGUUUAGACAUUUGAGAGAAUUGUUCCAAGUUGAUCCUGCGGAUUACAUGUUGGCAAUUUGUGGAAAUGAUGCUCUGAGAGAGCUUUCUUCUCCGGGGAAGAGUGGAAGCUUCUUCUAUUUGACUCAGGAUGAUAGGUUUAUGAUCAAAACUGUGAAAAAAUCAGAAGUCAAGGUGCUUAUUAAGAUGCUUCCAAGUUACUAUCAACAUGUUUGUCGUUAUGAAAAUACCCUGGUCACAAAGUUCUACGGUGUCCAUUGCGUCAAACCGGUUGGUGGUGUCAAGACACGGUUCAUUGUUAUGGGCAACAUGUUCUGCUCAGAAUAUCGUAUUCACAGACGGUUUGACCUGAAAGGUUCCUCACAUGGCCGCACAACAGAUAAACCUGAAGGAGAAAUUGAUGAAACUACUACCCUCAAGGACCUUGAUCUGAACUUUGUGUUCCGUCUCCAGCGAAACUGGUAUGAAGAACUGAUCAAACAAAUUGAUCGCGAUUGUGAAUUUCUGGAAGCUGAGCGAAUCAUGGAUUACAGUCUCUUGGUUGGUCUUCACUUCCGAGAGGAUAAUACGGGUGAAAAGAUGGGUUUAUCACCAUUCCUCUUGCGUAAUGGAAAGAGUGAUUCAUUCCAAAAUGAGAAGUUCAUGCGUGGCUGUCGUUUCCUUGAAGCUGAGCUACAAGACAUGGAUAGGAUUCUUGCUGGCCGGAAACCCUUGAUUCAGUUGGGAGCUAACAUGCCUGCACGGGCAGAACGAGUGGCACGAAGGAGUGAUUUUGAUCAGUACACCCCCGGUGGUUUCUGUAAUGUACCCCCUUCCCGUGGGGAAGUCUAUGAAGUAGUCCUGUACUUUGGGAUCAUUGACAUUCUGCAGGAUUAUGAUAUUAGUAAGAAGCUUGAGCAUGCUUACAAAUCGUUGCAAGUUGACCCUGCCUCAAUCUCAGCUGUCGAUCCAAAGCUCUAUUCAAAGAGGUUUCGGAAUUUCAUAGGCAGAAUUUUUGUUGAAGACAGGUGAUAAGGGCAAGAAAACAAAAAAGGAUGUUACAUUAUAGAGAUUCUUUCAUUGAAUCUGGAAAAUCCCAACUGGUAAAGCACAGUGCCUGGAAUGAGCGGCAGCAGCAGCACGCGGUGAUCAUAGUCAGAGAAAUUAUUCAUUUUGGCUGCAAUGGUACACGGCCGAAGACAUUCUUGGCCUCAUUCAUGGUUGGGGUUUGUUAGUGGCUGAAUUUUAUGGAUCAGCCACUGGUUGAGUUGAGUGUAAGUCUUCUGUAUAUUCCCAUAGGGGGUUGGGUUUGGGGGGGUAAAUGAGUUCUUUUUGUGUUUUUAGUUUUAGUGAUUAUUUGAGCAUAGAAAACUGAGCAAGUCUUCUUUCUCAGUGAGAUUCAAAAAAGAUUGGAGUGGUGGGGAGAGGAAAGGACUUUGAAUAAUCAAAAGUGUACAGCUCAUAGGAUCAGGAGUUUGAAUAUAUUUAUUAAAAAAAAUACAUCUAUAUAUAUAUAAAAAAUGUAGUAAAUUCUUGUUAUGUA